UGUGUGUGUGUGGAGGUGGAGGGGGAGGAUGGCUGGCUGGCUGUGGCAGGUCUGUGGUGCGGGGCUGAAUCUCAAUGAGAAAGCGGUCAAUGUAAAUCACUGCAAGACACGGAGAGAGAGAGAGAACAGCAGCUGCCGACCGACCAGCCAGCCAGCCAGCCAGCCUCCUCUGCGGGACAACAAAGGAGGUGCCGGGCUCACUUCACGACUCCUGUCAGCACAACUCAACAUCUGAAUCGUGACCAUUACGAAGAAACCUUGAAUAUUCCCUAAAUAUUCACCUUUAGACCUAAUUUGUCUGGACGACAUGGAAGAACACUUUGACGAGAGGGACAAAAUGCAACGCAACAGCCGAAGCGCAGGCCGGGCGAACGGGCUGCUCAGCCCCACUCACAGCGCCCACUGCAGCCUGUACCGCACGCGCACGCUCAAAGCUCUGAGCCAGGAGAAGAAGGCGAAGAAAGUGCGCUUUUACCGCAAUGGUGACAAGUAUUUCAACGGCAUAGUGUACGCCAUCUCAUCGGACCGGAUAAGAACCUUUGACGCUUUGCUGGCCGACCUGACCCGAACCCUCUCUGACAACGUCAACCUGCCCCAAGGGGUGCGAAUCAUCUACACAAUAGAUGGUUUCAAAAAAAUCACCAGUAUAGAUCAGCUGGUGGAAGGUGAGAGUUACGUGUGUGGCUCCACCGAAGCCUUUAAAAAACUCGACUACUCCAACAAUGUCAACCCUAACUGGUCUGUGAAUGUGAGGGCCCUGGGCUCCAGCAAAUGCCCCACGUCUCUAGCCAGCUCGAAAUCAGGACCGCAGUCCAAAGAGAGCAAAGACUUCAUCAGACCCAAACUGGUCACCAUCAUCCGCAGUGGGGUGAAGCCACGGAAGGCAGUUCGCAUCCUGCUUAACAAGAAGACAGCUCACUCCUUUGAGCAAGUUCUCACUGACAUUACAGAUGCUAUAAAGCUCGAUUCUGGCAUUGUCAAGAAGAUCUACACUCUUGAGGGAAAACAGGUCGUGUGUCUUCAAGAUUUCUUCGGAGAGGAGGACAUCUUCAUUGCAUGUGGCCCGGAGAAGUUCCGUUUCCAGGAUGACUUUAUGUUGGAUGAAAGCGAGUGCCGAGUGGUGAAAUCAACAUCCUAUGGAAAGAUGGGGUCUUUAAACAGAAGCUCUCCCAGAAGUCUUGCCCUUUCCAGACGCAGCAAGUCUCCUUCUGGAUCAGUGAAUGGGACCCCGGCCAGUCAGCUGUCCACACCCCAUUCUGCAAAAUCGCCCAGUCCAUCUCCCACCAGCCCCGGGAGCUUGAAGAAACGCAGGGAAAUGGACAAGGCCAUCAUUGACAGCACAGCUUAACUUCCCCCCUUCUUCAAAGUGGCACUAAGAUCCACAGUCAAUCCUUAGUCUGGGCUGCUACAUUUGGAAACUUUUGGUCUCUCACGUUUCGUCAUCAGAGUUAAGCGUGAAAAUGCACUAGUGUCAGCCAUGGAAUAUGAGUAGAGCAGCAAUCAUGAAGUUACAUGAAAUCGGGGUCCAGAAUUAACUUUUGCCAUUAAUCUGCCAAUGGCGAUAAUUUGAGAAAAUAAAUACCAAUUUUUUUCGUACCUGCCAUGAAGCUGUAUUUUUCAUGAUUUGCAAGUUAUGUAACUUGCAGCAUCAUAUUUAAGGUGAUAUAUUUCCAUGGCACCUAAAAACAAAGGAAGUUGUGAUAUUUUAUAUAUAUAUAUACAUAUAUAAUGACGUAAUGCAAGAAAUAUUCCUCUCAAGUGUCACCACAUUGAGUUCUGAAGACUCCUAGAUUUUUCUACGGCUUUUUCACUGAAGUACAAGUCAUCUGAAGACAUGCACUUUUUUAAUAAACAGUAUGUAUAGGUUUAAAUUGAUUCGCUCACAUCACUUACAUCAGUGAGGAUAUGACUAUACAUAUAAGUCAUGUGCUAUACUGCAGUUUCUUAUAACAUUACCUGCCAAUGAGCAAAUAAUGUUUUUUAUUUACUCACAUUUGGUGCUUGGCCAGUGCUAAUUUUGGACCCUGAUUGAGACAGCAUUGAGAAAGAGAAAUGGCAUGAUACAUGCUGUUGAAGGAGCAUGCAAUUCACCAGGAAGUGUUUAUUUAUUCACCUCCCCCCCCCACAAGAAACACAUUACUAUUUGGUUUUCUGAGGAAAGUUUGAGUACGAUUGGGAGGAGUUUGUGUGCUUUUGACCAUGUCAAACUAUCUCUAAUCCUGCAGUUGAUAGACUUACGCAAAGAGGUUUAAACUUCUUCCCAGUCCAGAGUUUCUCUCAGGUUAUAAUAUGAGUCUUAAACCCCAGUUAUUACUCUUGCUUCUCUCUCUCUUAAGAGUCAAGUGUCUCUCUGUCUUCCAUUCUUUCUGAGUGUCUGUCUAUUACUCUUUCUUAGUUCUCCAUGACUAAAAUGCACCAGAGCAUUCAAUCACUGAGGAUAUUGCACUCCAUUCCAAAUGAUCAAAAUGUUGAGCUUUUGGGACACAUCAAAUCAAGCUGCAGACAGUUAAAGUGCUGUUCUACAGCCAGUGAAAUCACGUGCUGAUAUUAACCCAAAAUAGAUUAAUAAGAAACCGUUGGCCACUACUCAACCGGAGCUUUACUGACCUUAAGCCAGUUCAUAGUGAAACGAUUGGUUUAUGUUCUUAACAUGUUCUCACUGCCCUUUUUAUUAGUUAGUCAUUCCUUCUAAAAGUGCUCUCCUAUUAUGAUUAACCCCUGAGAAAUUUUUUAAAUCAUGUACACUCUUGCAAAAAAAAAGAACAAGAAUUUCAAUCAUAUCUGAAGCCAAGAUAAAUGCUAUUAGUAUAACAGUUAUUUAUGGUUUGCCAUAAAUAACUAUAGCUUUUAUAUGACGUUAAAAAAGAAAAACGUAACUGACUGCACCUCUGAGAGAAAGUACAGAAAUGUUCAACUUUUUAUAUUCUAAAUGGUUCCAGAUUGCAUUGGAAGUGGCUAAACUUCCUCUUGAGGAAGAGUCUGACUUUUAAUGAUUCUAAAUGCGAUUCGGUCGACGUGCCGGCUGAGAGACAGGGACGCAGAGCACUUUCUGUUCACCCUCCACCCACUAGCAAAGACUCUCAGAUUCUCUGUCUUCUUUUACUUAUCUCUUACCGCAGUCUGAGCUCUUGAAGUUGGAUGAUCUCUCUGCGGUUUGAUUAUGUCAGAUGGCUUUGCUCUCAGCUUAUUGCUAUUGCAGAAUGAGAAUCUGGGAAAGUCAAAUCUUCCCAAAGCAGAGACGCAUCUCAGCGUCUUUACAACCAUCUCCUGCAUAAGUGGGUCAGGCUUUGAAAACUCCCCAGUGGAGUUCUGUGAAUGAAGGAAGGAGAAAAAAACAUUUACAUAAAUACGAUACAAAUGCAAAAGAACUGAAUGUUCUCUCCAAAUGCUCCCAAAGAAGCAGGCACUUCUUUAUCUGGCUUAUGAAUUUAUAUGAGUUUCUGAAUGUUGUUAUUGUGGCUUUGUGGCUUGCUUAUUCAAUUAGUUUGCAGUGUGUGCUAAUACAUUGCUAAUGUGUGUGAUAACAGCAGUACCGCUAGUAUUGCUAGCGGAGUACUGCUGUAAUCACACACUGCUGUAAUAUAUACAGUAUAUAUAUCAUAUAUAUAGAGAUGGUAUAUAUAUAUUGUAUAUACCAUCUCUGAUAGUUUAUACUGCAGUUUUAAAUGACCUCACGCCUUCCAAGUGAAUGAAUUAAACACUGAUCAUUACUGCUGAUUUAUUAUUAAUUAUCUUUACCGCUCAAGCCCGGGCUGUGGAUUACAUUCAACACAUGACCCACUUUUAGAAACGAGCUACACAAGAAUGCCUGAUCUAUACUUGGAAUAUCUACGUGUGUGUGUGUGGCCUCUGUGUCCUCAGGCAUAUCCCCUCCACCAUCUCUCUUUCUUUCCCCAAGAUCUCAGUUCCUCUGGGGAAAAAUAUGGAACACAUACGCAUUUGAUGCUAUGGCGACAAAUACAUUUUUAAUCCGUGUCAAAACAUGAAAUAGGGAUGUUGUUUCCAAGUCUGCUAAUCCACCUCAAUCUGGUUUAAAUGAGGAUGAAUCGAGGUAAAUGAGGUUACAAUUUAAAUCGUAUCAUCGUAGUUGUGAGAUUAAAUUAAAAUUUUUAUCAGUCAUUUUUUUAUGGAUGGUUAACUAGGUAGUAUGAGUGCUUUGUGUGUUGCAUAACAUGAAAAGUGAGGCCAUCAAGUUCAGCAUCACACCUGUCUCCAAAAGAUUUGAGUGCUGUUUAGGAUUGAACUGAAAAUGCACCUGUUCAAUUCCUGAGUUUUAGCUGGAUUCGAGGUAGCAUUCCGCUUUAAAUUUGUUGUUGAGAUGGACAAACGUAAAUUCUGUGGAUGUGUUCAGUUUAAUUUAAAUUGCAUAAAAACACAUUCUUCAUCAUCUCCAUUAAAUGAUGUCCCUCAAACUGUCUGUUGGGUUGCAUGCUCUUCACAUUUUCCUUUGGCUUUUCAACACCUGUAUUUUUUUAUUUUCCGGUGCUUAAAUGACAUUGUGUUUGUGUGCAUGUGAUGUGUGUUUUCAAUCAUUCCAUGAACAUUAAUUUAAAAAUUAAAAAUUAAUGGUAGCGUCUUCCAAGUAUGAUAUCAAUUCCCAUGGAUGUUUAAAAGAAAGUUGGAUUUUUAUCAUCUACUCACACUCAUGUCAUUCCAAACCUAUUCUUUUGUGAAACAGAAAAAGAGUGAUUUUGUAAAUCGUGCUUGCAUGGAGUUUUCAUUUUUGAGUCAGCAAUUUCUUUAUCUGCUCACUUCAUAUUAAUUAAAAAAAUAGACACCUUGUAUAUUGUAUGAUACCAUGUAAAGAGCACCACUUCUCUUUCUCUGUCUCCGCAGUAGUUUUCAGUCCUCUUGUGUUCCAUUGGUUUUCAAUGUUUUGCAGUUUUCACCUUUUUGUUUUGGACUCUACUCAGUUAUAUUGUACUGUAUAUCUUUGCUUUCAAGCCAUUGUCAGUCAUGUAGUUUUCUUUGUUUUUGCAUUAGUUUUGUAUCAUAUUCUCUCAUUUUUUGUUGUUUUUAUGUGUAGAAAGAAAAGACUGUCAUUUUCUGGUCUAAUGCGUUGUCUGUUUGCCACAAAGCAUGUCAUGAAAUGUUUCCAUCAUGUGCGUAUGAUUGAAGAUGCUAAAUGCAUUAAACAGUAAGUCUCUUUAUCUAGUACAAACUUAA